GAUGGCUUCACCCCCCUGGCGGUGGCGUUGCAGCAGGGACAUGAACAGGUGGUCUCUCUGCUCCUGGAGAAUGACACUAAAGGGAAGGUCCGGCUCCCGGCGCUCCACAUCGCCGCGCGCAAGGACGAUACCAAGGCUGUUGCACUGCUGCUCCAGAUCGACCACAACGCAGAUGUCGAGUCCAAGAUGAUGGUGAAUAGGACCACAGAGAGUGGCUUUACUCCGCUGCACAUUGCUGCUCACUACGGCAACAUCAACGUGGCAACGCUCCUCCUCAACCGCGGCGCAUCCGUGGACUUCAAGGCCAGGAAUGACAUCACACCGCUGCAUGUGGCUUCUAAGAGAGGGAAUGGCAACAUGGUCAAAGUUCUGCUGGAGAGGGGAGGCAAGAUAGACGCCAGGACUAAGGACGGUCUGACCCCUCUCCACUGUGGUGCCAGGAGCGGACAUGAACAGGUGCUGGAGAUGCUGCUAGACAGAGGAGCUCCCAUCCUGUCCAAAACUAAGAACGGUCUGUCUCCCCUCCACAUGGCCACCCAGGGGGACCAUCUGAACUGUGUUCAGCUCCUGCUACACCACGAGGUUCCUGUUGAUGACGUCACCAAUGACUACCUGACGGCCCUGCAUGUCGCCGCCCACUGCGGACACUACAAGGUCGCCAAGGUCAUUGUGGACAAGAAGGCCAAUCCCAAUGCUAAAGCACUGAAUGGUUUCACUCCGCUCCACAUCGCCUGCAAGAAGAACAGAAUCAAAGUGAUGGAACUGCUGCUGAAACACGGAGCGUCCAUACAGGCAGUGACCGAGUCGGGUCUCACUCCGAUCCAUGUGGCGGCUUUCAUGGGACACGAUAACAUCGUCACUCAGCUGACGAAUCACGGAGCUUCGCCAAACACAACUAAUGUGAGGGGAGAAACGGCGCUCCACAUGGCAGCGAGGGCCGGCCAGGCUAACGUGGUCAAAUACCUGGUUCAGAGCGGAGCCAGAGUGGAGGUCAAGGCCAAGGACAACCAGACCCCGCUCCACAUCUCCAGUCGUCUGGGGAAGCCUGACAUCGUGCUGUAUCUGCUGCAGAAUGGGGCGUGUCCUGACGCCACUACCACCUCUGGCUACACCCCCCUACACCUGGCUGCCAAAGAGGGACACAGAGACGUCACCUCAGUCCUCCUUGACCAGGGGGCUUCUUCAGACAUCACUACCAAGAAGGGCUUCACUCCCCUCCAUGUUGCAGCUAAGUAUGGGAAGAUAGAAGUGGCCAACCUUCUGCUGCAGAGACACACUGCGCCUGAUGCAGCUGGGAAG